UCUGGGUGCAGUCGUAUGGGUCCUGUCCAGUGUUUAUCUUCUGUCUUCUUCACCCCAGGCUGAGCCAGGAGCUACUGGAGGCAAAGGAGCAGAAAGCCUCAGAAGACUCCCUGGAUGACCUUUACUGGGCUCUUCCAGUUCAGGGUGACCUGUCUGAUUACCACCAGCCUUAUAGCAGUGCCUCGUCCUCACUGGAGAAUCAACUCACAUGCCCUGCACUGGAUGUAGCCUCUUCCACCCAGGCCACCUGUCCCCAAGGGACUUGGAGUGGAGACUUGAGCCCCCGCCUGUCAAAGGUGCAGGCUUCACAGACACAGCUGGAUCCAAGCACCCUGGUGCCAAGUUGUCCACAAGAGCUGGUUUUAGCCCCCUCCAUUGCGAUGAAGAACCCUCUGCAGAUGGAAGAUGAUCCACUCGAAGGCUCAUCAAACACCCAAUGGCAUCAAGUGCCUGGCAACAUUGAUGCCUCCAGUGUCCCAAAACCCAAGAACAUCAAAAGAAAAUUCCCUUUCAGCAAAUGGAUCCAUUGGCCUUCACGCUCCGGGUGCAGAGCCCCAUCCGUUGGGAUGAAGAAUGCUCCACAGCUGGAAGAUGAUGCACUCGAAGGCUCAGCAGACACCACCCAAGGGCGUCAAGUCACUGGCAACAUUCAUGCGUCCAGUGUUUCAAAACCAAAGAACAUUAAAAGAAUACUCCCAUUCACGCUGGGUGCGGUGGCUCACACCAGUAAGCCCAGCACUUUGGGAGGCCGAGGUGGGAAGAUCACGAGGUCAAGGGACCAAGACCAUCCUGGCCAACAUGGUAAAACCCUGUCUCUACUAGAAAAAGCAAAAAUUAUCCCAGCGUUGUGGCGCUCGUCUGUAGUCCCAGCUAGCUGGGAUGCUGAGACAGAAGAAUCACUUAGAACACAGAAGGCAGAGGUUGCAGUGAGCCAAGAUCAUGCCACUGUCCUCCAGCCUGCGCGACAGAGUGAGACUCCGACUCAAGAAAAAAAGAUAAAAAGAAAACUCACGUUCAGCAACUGGAUCUGUUGGCCUUCAUGCUCAGGGUGCAGAGCAGCUGCUGUAACCUCUGUCUGGUGUCCAGUGUCCCAUGGGCUCCCAUUCUGCCAGGCCCUUUCUGUCCCCAUCUCCUCAUUACUUGACAUCGGGAGUUCAAGACCAGCCUGACCAACAUGAUUUGGGGAGAAAUACGGAAGUCAGUGAAUCCUGACCCCUGGAGAGAGACUCAUCUGGCAAGGGCUGAUGAAAGGGCUGGUCCUGGGCCUGCCUUCUCCUCCUCUCAGAUGCUCCCUCUGCCUAGGCCCCUGGUACUCAGUCAUGGCAGCCAGGAGACUCCAGCUACAGAAAAGCAACAUGAGGCCUUAUACUUCAACAUGUUGGAUAAUCUCAUUGCAGAAGCUUUUGAGUCAAUGGUACUGCUGCUUUUUGAUGGAG